CAAAACUCGAAAAAGCUCUGAAAGAGGGCAGCACGCGCUCCAGUACUUUCUGCUAUGUGUUCAGAUGAAGAGCGCGCGAUGGCGGGGGGCUCCGGUAACGGAAAGUUGCGUCAGUGGUUGAUAGAGCAGGUGGACACCGGAAAAUACCCUGGACUAGUGUGGGAGAACGAGGAGAAAAGUAUCUUUCGGAUUCCGUGGAAGCACGCGGGCAAACAGGACUACAACAGGGAGGAGGAUGCUGCGCUCUUCAAGGCUUGGGCCCUAUUCAAAGGCAAGCAUCGGGAGGGUAUUGACAAACCUGACCCACCAACUUGGAAAACACGUCUUCGAUGUGCUCUUAACAAGAGCAACGACUUUGAGGAGAUUGUGGAGCGCAGUCAGCUUGACAUAUCAGACCCCUAUAAAGUGUAUAGGAUUGUUCCGGAAGGAUCCAAAAAAGGAUCCAGAUCUCUUGAAGAUUCACAGUCCAAUUCAAGCUCACCCAGUUAUCCAAUACACCCACCUUAUGUGCCAGCACCAUCUCAGGUGUGCAACUAUCUUUCUCCAGCAGACAGAGGAUGGAGGGAUUACUCAACCCUAUCUGAGAUCCCUUACAGCCAGAGCCCCUACACGCCGCGAUGGGAACCUGGGUACCAGUUCAGUGGCUCUUUCUACAGUUGCAAUGCAUCUGAUCCACAGCCGUCACCCUUCACGCUGGACACCAGCAUGAGAUCUGCUGAGGCAGUGGCCCUCUCAGUGAUGUGUUCAGAUGAAGAGCGCGCGAUGGCGGGGGGCUCCGGUAACGGAAAGUUGCGUCAGUGGUUGAUAGAGCAGGUGGACACCGGAAAAUACCCUGGACUAGUGUGGGAGAACGAGGAGAAAAGUAUCUUUCGGAUUCCGUGGAAGCACGCGGGCAAACAGGACUACAACAGGGAGGAGGAUGCUGCGCUCUUCAAGGCUUGGGCCCUAUUCAAAGGCAAGCAUCGGGAGGGUAUUGACAAACCUGACCCACCAACUUGGAAAACACGUCUUCGAUGUGCUCUUAACAAGAGCAACGACUUUGAGGAGAUUGUGGAGCGCAGUCAGCUUGACAUAUCAGACCCCUAUAAAGUGUAUAGGAUUGUUCCGGAAGGAUCCAAAAAAGGAUCCAGAUCUCUUGAAGAUUCACAGUCCAAUUCAAGCUCACCCAGUUAUCCAAUACACCCACCUUAUGUGCCAGCACCAUCUCAGGUGUGCAACUAUCUUUCUCCAGCAGACAGAGGAUGGAGGGAUUACUCAACCCUAUCUGAGAUCCCUUACAGCCAGAGCCCCUACACGCCGCGAUGGGAACCUGGGUACCAGUUCAGUGGCUCUUUCUACAGUUGCAAUGCAUCUGAUCCACAGCCGUCACCCUUCACGCUGGACACCAGCAUGAGAUCUGCUGAGGCAGUGGCCCUCUCAGAUUACCGCUUACAUGUGGUGGUGUUUUACCGGGAAGCUUUGGUGCGAGAGGUAACAGUGAGUAGUCCAGAAGGCUGUCAGCUGGGCCCUAGCAGAGAGGGACAGGUCUACGCUUCACCUGGGGCCCCAGAGCUGGUUGAACUCCCUCAUGCUGAAGGGGCAUCUCUGGACCGUGGUGUUAUACUCUGGAUGGCCCCUGACGGGCUCUACGCCCGCCGCCGCUGCCCCUGCAGGGUGUACUGGGAGGGAGCUCACGCACCACCUACCGACAAGCCCAACAAGCUGGAGAGAGAGCAGAACUGCAAACUGCUGGACACUCAUCUGUUCAUAACAGAAUUGCAGAGUUACGCCCUCCACGCUCGUCCUGCACCAUGCUCUCAAGUCCUGCUAUUCUUUGAGGAUGAGAGCUCCGAUGCUCAAAGACCAAGAAGGACUUUCACAGUGCAGGUUGAGCCACUGUUUGCUCGUCAGCUUCUUUUCCUCAGUCAUCCCGGCAGCAUGAACUACAUCCGCAGCCAUGAGCUUUCACACCUGCCCGCUGAACACACCCUCUCCCCGACCCAAGACUACCACAGAGUCAUCACACAUCUCCCUAACAGCGGUCCUCAAAAUUGACCCUGGAGGCUUGUCACUUCGCCCUUAAUCCUGGAAUAACAUCUUGCUUAACCCAGGGUUAAAGCAAGUUUUAAUCCUGGGUUAAAGGGAAAGUUCACAAAGAAAGAAUAAAGAUUCUGUUAUCAUUUACUCACCCU